GAUAGCAAGAAUUAACACACGUACAGCUAGAGCAAGUACGAGAGUUUUAAUUAGUUUUUUCUUGUGGCGACAAUGGCGAGCCGCAGCUGUGUCGUCGCCGGCGCAUGGUGCUUCGUUCUGCUGCACGCCGUCGCCAUGGGCGCCGCCGCGACGCAGUACAAGGUCGGCGGCGACGGCGGCUGGGGCGUGCCCGGCGCCGGCGCCGAGUCGUACAACACCUGGGCCGAGAAGACCAGCUUCCAGAUCGGCGACCAGCUCUUGUUCGUGUACCCGAAGGACAAGGACUCGGUGCUGCUGGUGGAGCCGGCGGACUACAACGCCUGCAACACGGCGUCGUACGACAAGAAGUUCGCCGACGGCAGCACGACCGUCACGCUCGACCGCGCCGGCGCCUUCUUCUUCAUCAGCGGCGUCGAUGCCAACUGCCGCGCCAACGAGAAGCUCAUCGUCAUGGUCGCCAACACCACGGCAGCCCCGCCACCGUCGUCGUCCUCCUCGUCGCCGCCGUCUUCUCCCUCGAGCGGCGCCGCCGGCGGUGCUCCAGCAGCCGGGCAGGCGCCGCCGAAUGCUCCGGCCACCCCGGCUGCCAGCGGCGGCGGGGCGGCUGGCGCCGGUGCAAAUAGCGGCGCUGGACUCACGGUGGCCGGCGCGCUCGCCGGCACGGUGGUGGCCUCCAUUGCAUACGUCGCGCUUGCUAUCUGAGCGACUUUAGUUUGACACACGAUGAGACGGGACUUUGCAAGUGAAGAUGCUGCUGUUUAUUAUUUAGAAAGUGGACGCUUCUGUUUGUUUAUUGGAAAUUGUAAAGGCCAUGUAUUGUACUGGUUUUCCCUAUUCUUCGUCUGUAUUU